UUCGAACAUCCAUCCAGCCAGCAACAAACCGCCAAAAUGGGUCGCGUCCGCACCAAGACAGUCAAGCGUUCCGCUAAGGUCAUCAUCGAGCGUUACUACCCCAAGUUGACGCUCGACUUCGAGACCAACAAGCGCAUUUGCGAUGAGAUUGCUAUCAUUGCCUCCAAGCGUCUCCGCAACAAGAUUGCUGGUUACACCACCCACUUGAUGAAGCGUAUCCAGCGUGGCCCUGUCCGCGGUAUCUCCUUCAAGCUUCAGGAGGAGGAGCGUGAGCGUAAGGACCAGUACGUUCCUGAGGUCUCCGCUCUGGAUGUCUCCCAGACCGAGUCCGGCCAGCUCGAUGUCGAUACCGACACCAAGGAUCUCCUUAAGAGCCUGGGCUUCGACAACCUCAAGGUCAACGUCGUCACCGUCUCCCAGCAGCAGGUCCAGGAGCGCCCCCGUCGCUUCCGGUAA